CCCUGCGCCACUGGGACAAAAGUUCAGUGGAAACAAUGGAGUGAAAGGAAAGGGUGUAGAGGAGAGAGGAAAUGUCUCAUUGUGCUGCUUUGCUGUGUACAGUUAGUUUGCCAAAAUCAGCUUUUGGUCCUAUAGCUAUACGGAAACACACACACAGCUUACCUCGCAGUGAGAGGGCUAGCACCGGAAGGAAAUGAGGAGAGACAGAGACAGAAAGAGACUGAGAGAGACAGAGAAGGGGAAAACAGCAAAUUAGGGUCAAUGGGGUUUUCCACUGUGUAGGAUUAGAAAAGACAUGAGAAGUAGGUAAGGCAUAGUGAGGAGGGGGAACAUAUCUGUAGUCACAGACAGAUCGUGACAGAAAGAGAGAGGAGAGUAGUGAAUGAGUGAAUGUCAGAAAAGAGAGAGGAAAAGGAGAUUGCACCUUACGUUAUACUCUUUGGGCUAAGAUAAAUUAAACAGCUGGCAUUUCAAAGGUUAGGAGCAGGUUUAGAAGAAGAGUGUACAGGAAGACAGUUGUUGUAGUCUUAAACUUAGAUAUUUUACACACGGGGAGGACUGUAAUCGAAUGGGCAACAAAUGGUUAAGAUGAAUUGCACAAAAGACGAGUACAGUAAAGAUGGGAGAUGCUGUGAUCGCUGCCAUGCAGGAUCGUAUAUGCAAGCUGAGUGUGACGGCACGAAGAAGACCAAGUGUGCUGAAUGUGAACGUGGGCACUACACAGCCACAAAAAAUAACUUGCUUCGCUGUCGUGUCUGCAAGGACUGCAGUUCCAGUAACAAGCAGAGGAAACUAAAGGACUGUACAACUCAGGAGGACACAGUAUGUGAGUGUGUGACUGGUUUCUACUGUAAUAAUGAUGGCUGUGACCACUGCCUGCAAGUGGCCCAAUGCCAUCUGGGUGAAGGGGUCACGGUGAAAGCCACUCGCACGAACAAUACAGUGUGUGCUCCGUGUGAAAACGGGACCUACAGCAACGUAACAGAUUCCAACUCAGCAUGUCAAACACAUACCAGAUGUGAGGUCUUCGGAAGAGUGCUUAAAACUCCAGGAACCCAAACAACUGAUGCCAUCUGUGGGGACUUCAAAUCUCAUUGUCACUGGAUAUUACCCGCAGGCCUGUGGUCAGGACUCGUGUUGACCGCACUCGUGCUGUUUGGUCUGAUCUGCUGGAGGGCAAAACGCAAGUCAGACAAAGCAGCCGCCUCCAGUGUUCCUGUUACCUUGAUUGAAAUGGUUCCUGCAGCACCUGUCAGUCCGCUGAAGAUGCCCUUACCUUCCACAGAGUUAAACGGUUACUGCCAAGAGAGCUGCACUGUGGACGGCUGCAAUUUACCCCUUUUUAAACCAGAUGACAAUGCGGCCAGUUUCACACAAGACAGCAUGGACAGCUGCCUUCCUAUAACUCCACUGAAGGCUUCAGUUUCAUUCGCUGAAUCCAGCCACAUCAAUGGAAGUGCUGGAUACUGCACCGGCAACUUCCUCAGGACCUACUCAGAGCCACAGGAGGACGAGUGGUGUGGGACAUAAUCAAGCAAAUGUUGUUAAUGGUAUACUUAUCGGAGGACUCAGAGUCCUUCUGCGACUUGGAGAAGAUGCAACUAUUUUUCAAACUUUAAACUGGAUCUAUUUAUAGGAGUAGGGUUUCUCUUUUUCAGGAGAGGUGAAGGUGGCUGAUGGUUGGUUGCCCCCUGCAGGACUUUAAUGAGAAUUUCAGCUCAAGUGAUGCAACAUUUCUAUGUUGAAUUUACAAUGAAGCUAACAGAUAUUUAAAAAAUGUUUAAAAAACCACUGGUGCAGCUUAGUACAUGAGAUGUGAAUUUGUCUUAGAAAGGAGCUUCACAAGUAAAGGCAGCACUGUCAGUGGUGUCUCUAAGAAUAAGUCUGUUGAUAUUCAGUUUUCUUACUUUAGACAAAUCCCAUGAAAAGGCCAAAACCAACAAGUAUGUAUGUGUAGUCAAAACCUGAAGUAGCUUAUUCCUGUGUGCCAUAAAGCUCCAUUGUCCAGAAACUAUUAAAAACACAUCAGUGAGUCACGCUGUUACACUGGGUAACAUGUUCCUUCAUUACCAUGAACAUGGGCACUGUAGUUUAUUUUGAAUCAAUCCCAUGUUUUGCUGCUGUAAAUUUGUAAUGCAAAUGUUUUUUAAUGCGCAGCAGAAAAUUGUCCCCAAUAAUUUACUCCUGUUUGAGUAACAUUUGCUAACUACAGUGCCCAGCAGUUUUAUAAAAUUAGAGCCUUUUUUUAAAUUUGUGGCCUGUUUUUUAAAAUGUACAUCAUCCUACGAACAAAUGGGCUUGGGGUCAAGUGCCACAGACAGGGUAGAGAAGUCUGAAAAUUGAGAGAAGGACUAACUCACCAUUGGUCUUUUCAUAGGAUUUGUUGACAAUAAGAAACAUAUCAAAUAAUUUCUAUCUAAUUUUCUUUUAUGUAAACUAUGUCUUUGUAAUUAUAUUUGAAAGGCUAAAUGUAACUUAUAUUGUUCCAACCAGGUUGCGAAUUGUACAAGAAAAACUGGUAUCUUCUUUUAAAAUACAUUGUAAUGUCAAUUUUGGCCACAGAGUUUUCUGUAUUUAUACAACUAUAUAAGCUCUAUGAUACGCAGCAGCAAUGUCACACAUGCACUCACAGGCUACUAACAUUUAAAACUUGGAGAAUGAUGUGAUAUAUUAAAGAGACAGCUGUGACACCCAA